AUGACCGUCGUAAACAUGUCAUUCACUUACAUUACCGUGGUAGAGAGAGCUGUUGCUCAAACAUCGAGACCGUUGCUCUCGGCGAGAGCUAGAGUGCUAAACACCCAAUGCCGAUGUAGUAAACCCUUCCUAGGCUCCAUUAGCCAUGCGAAUACGCAUAUAUCACAGGCCAGCGGCUUCUCGACAUCACGAUGGCUAGCCAAGAAGGGUGGCAAAGAGGGCAAGGGAGCCAAGUCCAACAAGGAAGACAAGCAGGAUGUCGGCAAGGUCGAUGCUGCUAAGUCGUCGAAAGACCCCAGAGCUGGCGAUGAGGAUCCAUUCGACUUCGAUGCGUUGGAAGCAGAUCUCGCCAGCUGCAUUGAGAAGUUGCGGGAAAGCCUGUCAAAGUUAAGAACAGGAGGACGCUUCAACCAUGAGAUGAUCGAAAAUCUACGAGUCCAGCCAGACAAGAGCGAGAAGCAGACGAUAAAGCUGAAUGAUCUGGCACAAGUCAUCCCGAAAGGGCGUACUGUGCAGGUGCUUGUAGGAGAGCAAGAUCACGUCAAACCAGUCUCCUCGGCGAUCCAGGCAUCUUCAUUGUCGUUGACACCACAGCCAGACCCGACCGGCGCCAACCCACUACUGGUCGUUCUCAACAUUCCUCCCCCCACCGCCGAAUCACGAAAAGCAGCUGUGCAAGAGGCAGUCAAAGCUGGAGAGAAGGCCAACAUGGCAGUACGCGAUGCAAGAGGCAAGCAGCAGAAGAAGCUGCGUGCCAUGCAGCUCAGCAAAGCUGCGAGACCGGACGACUUGAAGAAGGCGGGCACUCAGAUGGAGAAGGUUGUUGAGAAAGGCAGUGCUGAAGUAAAGAAGAUUGUGGACAACGCAAAGAAGGUUUUAGAGAGUGGUUGA